AUGCGACCAGCGCCAGUCUUCGGCUGGACGUUCGUGAGGUCACUCACAUCCUACGGUAUUAUGUCAUCGCCGUAAUUAAGCCCAUCGGCAAUUGGGUGACCACUCAUCGGGCAAAUAUUCUCGACGUUUCAUAAUUCAUCGCAAGUCUCGCAGAUAAGAUUACAAUCUCGACUGGAUAAUAUACAGUUGUUGAUUUAGUUCACGCCUAGAAUAUAGUUGUGUGCAUCGACCGAAAUAUACAUAUAUACCUUCGUCAGAAUUGAUAGUUUUUUUUAUAAUUUAUUUUAAACAUGGAUCAAAUCCCUCCACCGAAGGAGGUGAAAAUCCUCGAGACAGCUGAGGAUAUUCAAGAGCGUAGGCAGCAGGUUUUAACGCGUUACGAUCACUUCAAGCAGGAUGCAAGGGCGAAGAGGGAGAAACUCGAAGACGCUCGCCGAUUCCAGUAUUUCAAGCGCGAUGCUGACGAGCUGGAGUCGUGGAUCUUGGAGAAGCUCAAGGCCGCUUCAGAUGAGAGUUACAAAGAUCCGACUAAUCUGCAGGCGAAGAUCCAGAAGCACCAGGCCUUCGAGGCCGAGGUAGCCGCUCACAGCAAUGCGAUCGUCGUUCUGGAUAACACCGGCAAGGAGAUGAUCAACCAGAACCAUUACGAGUCGGAGACUAUUAGGAAGCGUCUGGAGGAGUUGCACCGCUUGUGGGAGCAGUUGCUCUCCAAGUUGGCCGAGAAGGGAAUGAAGUUGCAACAGGCGUUGGUGCUUGUUCAGUACAUCAGACAGUGCGAUGAGGUCAUGUUCUGGAUCAAGGAUAAGGGCAUGUUCUUGACGACCGAGGAGUUCGGUCACGAUUUGGAGCAUGUCGAGGUUCUGCAGAGGAAGUUCGAUGAGUUCCAGAAGGACAUGGCUUCGCAGGAAUACCGCGUCGUCGAAGUUAACGAAUUGGCGGAGAAGCUUCUCCACGAUGGACACCCAGACAGGGACACGAUUGUUAACAGGAAGGAGGAAUUGAACGAGGCUUGGCAGAAGCUGAAGCAGAUGGCACUUAUGCGUCAGGAUAAGCUGUACGGAGCGCACGAGAUUCAGCGCUUCAACCGUGACGCUGACGAAACUGUCGCAUGGAUCGCCGAGAAGGACGUCGUUUUGUCUUCAGAUGAUUACGGCAGAGACUUGGCGAGCGUGCAGACUCUGCAGAGGAAGCACGAAGGCGUCGAGAGGGAUUUGGCUGCUUUGGAAGAUAAGGUCACCACCCUUGGAAAGGAAGCGGACAGAUUGUGCGGAAUUCACGCCGAUCAUGCCGAGCAGAUCCAAGCCAAACGCGAUGAGAUCGAGGAUUACUGGCAGAGCCUCACUGCCAAGGCCAAGGAGCGCAGGGAAAAGUUGGACGAGUCGUACUUCCUGCACAGAUUCUUGGCUGAUUUCAGGGAUCUGGUUUCCUGGAUCAAUGACACGAAAGCCGUCAUCUCUGCCGAUGAAUUAGCUAAAGAUGUAUCCGGCGCUGAAGCUCUGUUGGAAAGGCACCAAGAACACCGUGGUGAGAUCGAUGCGCGCGAAGACAGUUUUGCAGCUACCAUCAAAGCCGGCCAACAAUUGCUGGAACGGGGACAUUACGCAACGGACGAAGUCAAAGAGAAACUCUCGACUUUGGAAUCCGACAAGAAAUCGCUGCUGGCUCUGUGGGAGGAGCGCAGAAUCUUGUACGAACAAUGCAUGGAUUUGCAAUUGUUCUACCGCGAUACCGAACUUGCCGACACAUGGAUGGCCAAGCAGGAAGCUUUCCUGGCCAACGAAGAUCUAGGCGAUUCCUUGGACUCAGUGGAAGCUUUGAUCAAGAAACACGAAGAUUUCGAAAAAUCCCUUGCUGCCCAAGAGGAGAAAAUCAAGGCCUUAGACGAAUUCGCAACGAAACUGAUCGAUGGCGAGCAUUACGCCGCUGACGAUGUAGCCCAAAGACGUUCUAUGCUGUUGGAAAGACGUUCCGAAUUGAAAGAAAAAUCAGCGCAAAGGAAGUCCUUGCUGCAAGAUGCAUCCAAAUUGCAGCACUUCGAGCGCGACUGCGACGAAACCAAGGGAUGGAUCAACGAGAAACUCAAGUUUGCCACCGACGAGAGUUACUUGGAUCCAACCAAUCUUGGCGGUAAAUGGCAGAAGCACCAGAACUUCCAGCAGGAGUUGAACGCCAACAGGACUAGAAUGGAAGAAAUCACGUCUACCGGCGAAGAGUUAAUCGAAGCCAAACAUUACGCAGCUCCACGUAUUCAAUCUCGCAUGGAUGAGAUCGUAAAACUGUGGGAGACUCUAGUGCAGGCCACCGGCAAAAAGGGAUCUAAAUUGGAGGAAGCAAACCAGCAGCAACAGUUCAACAGAACCAUCGAAGAUGUCGAGCUGUGGCUCUCCGAGAUCGAAGGACAACUGAUGUCUGAAGACUACGGCAAGGAUUUGACUUCUGUUCAAAAUCUGCAAAAGAAACAUGCCCUCCUCGAGGCCGACGUUGGCUCCCAUCAAGAUCGUAUCGAAGGAAUCAAGUCUGCGGCCAAUCAAUUCGUCGAAGGCGGACAUUUCGAUGCCGACAAUAUUGCGCACAAGCAAAAGAUCUUGACCGAUCGUUAUUCCGCUUUGCAAACACCGAUGGCUGUCAGGAAGCAGCGUCUGUUGGACUCUCUUCAAGUGCAACAACUCUUCAGAGACAUCGAGGAUGAAGAAGCGUGGAUCAGGGAGAAGGAACCGAUCGCUGCCAGCACCAACCGAGGACGCGAUUUGAUCGGAGUUCAGAAUUUGAUCAAGAAACAUCAAGCCGUCUUAGCCGAGAUUAAUAACCACGAUGCUAGGAUUUCCGCCGUUCUUGAAGCCGGAAAGCAGAUGAUGGAGGAUGAACACUUUGCCAGCGAAGAGAUCCGUAAUCGCGUUACCGCCCUCAAUGAUCACUGGGUUCAGCUGAAGGACAAAGCGAGCCAGCGCAAACAAGACUUGGAGGAUUCCCUUCAAGCCCACCAAUACUACGCCGAUGCCAACGAGGCAGAAUCCUGGAUGAAGGAAAAGGAACCCAUCGUGAGCAGCAUGGAUUACGGAAAGGACGAAGAUUCUUCAGAAGCUUUACUUAAGAAGCACGAAGCUUUGAUGAGCGACUUGAACGCUUUCGGCAACACCAUCGAAGCUUUGAAGGAUCAAGCGCAAAGUUGCAGACAACAAGAACCCCCAGUCGUCGAUGUCACCGGAAAGGAAGCAGUCGUUGCUCUUUACGACUACACUGAAAAAUCACCAAGGGAAGUAUCCAUGAAGAAGGGCGAUCUUCUUACUUUACUCAAUUCCAAUAACAAGGAUUGGUGGAAAGUUGAAGUUAACGAUCGCCAAGGAUUCGUUCCCGCUGCUUACGUGAAGAAGGUCGAGGCUGGUCUCACUGCAUCCCAGCAGAACCUCGUCGAUAACAAUUCGAUCUCUGCUCGUCAAGCACAGAUCAACUCUCAAUACGAAAGGUUGAUUGGGUCCGCUCGAGAACGUCAAAACAAGCUGAACGAAACCGUGAAAGCUUACGUUUUGGUCCGCGAAGCCGCCGAGCUUACCACCUGGAUUAAGGACAAAGAGAUGCACGCCCAAGUGCAAGACGUCGGCGAGGAUUUGGAACAAGUGGAGGUUAUGCAGAAGAAGUUCGAUGAUUUCCAGACCGACCUGAAGGCAAACGAAGUGCGUUUGGCCGAGAUGAACGAAAUCGCCAUGCAAUUGGUUACAUUGGGACAGACCGAAGCAGCUCUGAAGAUCCAGACCCAGAUGCAAGAUUUGAACACCAAAUGGGGUUCUUUGCAGAAGUUGACCGCCGAAAGGGCCGACCAACUGGGAUCUGCCCACGAGGUUCAGCGCUUCCAUCGCGAUGUCGAUGAGACCAAGGAUUGGAUUCAGGAGAAGGACGAAGCCUUGAACAACGACGAUUUGGGUAAAGAUUUGCGCAGCGUCCAGGCUCUGCAAAGGAAGCACGAAGGUUUGGAGCGCGAUUUGGCUGCUCUUGGUGAUAAGAUUAAACAAUUAGACGAGACUGCCAAUCGUUUGAUGCAAACUCAUCCAGAAACCGCUGAAACUACCUUCGCCAAGCAGAAGGAAAUCAAUGAAGAAUGGACCCAGCUGACGGCUAAGGCUAACAGUCGCAAGGAGAAAUUGUUGGAUUCCUACGACCUUCAAAGAUUCUUGAACGACCAUCGCGAUCUCUUGGCUUGGAUCAAUUCCAUGCUGGGUCUGGUCAGUUCAGAAGAACUCGCCAACGACGUGACCGGCGCCGAGGCUUUGAUCGAACGUCACCAGACUCUCAGAUCAGAAUUAGAUGCACGUUACGGAUAUAUUAUACCACAGGAACACCGCACCGAAAUCGACGCCAGAGCUGGAACAUUUUUGGCUUUGGAACAGUUCGGACAGCAACUGCUUAGCUCCAACCAUUACGCCAGUCCCGAGAUCCAAGAGAAACUCGAAGACCUCAACCAAGCCAGGGAGGAAUUGGAGCGCGCCUGGAUUCAACGCAGAGUCCAGCUCGACCAAAACUUGGACUUGAACUUGUAUUAUCGCGACUGCGAGCAAGCCGAAAACUGGAUGUCCGAUCGUGAAGCUUUCUUGGCUUCCGAAGAAGUAGACUCCAAGGGCGAUAACGUCGAGGCUCUUAUCAAGAAGCACGAAGAUUUCGACAAAGCUAUCAAUGCACAUGAAGAGAAGAUAGCCGCUUUGCAAACUUUGGCCGAUCAAUUGAUCAACAACGAGCACUACGCUUCGCAACAGAUUGACGAUAAGAGGAAGCAAGUUUUGGAUAGGUGGAGGCACUUGAAGGAGGCUCUCAUCGAGAAGCGUUCGAAACUGGGAGAAAGUCAAACCCUGCAACAGUUCUCCAGAGAUGCCGAUGAAAUUGAGAACUGGAUCGCGGAGAAACUGCAACUGGCAACUGAAGAGAGCUACAAGGAUCCAGCCAACAUUCAAUCCAAACACCAGAAGCACCAAGCCUUCGAGGCUGAGCUGGCUGCAAACGCCGACAGGAUUCAAUCAGUGUUGGCCAAUGGAAACACCUUGAUCGACAAGAGACAAUGCGCCGGAUCCGAGGAAGCCGUUCAAAGGCGUUUGGAAUCUAUCGCCGAACAAUGGGAGUAUUUGACCCAAAAGAGUAGCGAGAAGCUGUUGAAGCUCAAAGAAGCCAACAAGCAAAGGACUUAUAUUGCUGCUGUUAAAGAUUUGGACUUCUGGUUGGGCGAAGUUGAGAGUUUGUUGACCAGCGAAGAUGCCGGCAAAGAUUUAGCUUCUGUUCAGAAUCUGAUGAAGAAGCAUCAAUUGGUCGAGGCCGACAUCCAAGCUCACGAGGAGAGAAUCAAGGAUAUGAACGAGCAAGCCGAUUCUCUCAUUGAAAGUGGCCAAUUCGACACUGCCAGCAUUCAGGAGAAGAGGCAAUCGAUUAAUGAACGCUACCAGAGAAUCAAGAAUUUGGCCGCCCAUCGUCAAGCCAGAUUGAACGAAGCCAACACUUUGCAUCAAUUCUUCAGGGAUAUUGCCGACGAGGAAUCCUGGAUCAAGGAAAAGAAACUGUUGGUUGGUUCCGAUGAUUACGGUCGCGAUUUGACCGGUGUCCAGAACUUGAAGAAGAAACAUAAGAGGUUGGAAGCUGAGCUCGGUUCUCACGAACCGGCCAUCCAAGCCGUUCAGGAAGCUGGUGAAAAACUAAUGGACGUUUCCAACUUGGGCGUUCCAGAGAUCGAGCAGCGCUUGAAGGCUUUGAACCAGGCCUGGGCUGAGCUUAAGCAGUUGGCAGCUAACCGUGGUCAAAAGUUGGACGAGUCAUUGACAUACCAACAAUUUUUGGCUACUGUUGAAGAAGAGGAGGCAUGGAUCAGCGAGAAACAGCAAUUGCUCUCUGUAGAAGACUACGGCGACACCAUGGCUGCUGUACAAGGUUUACUCAAGAAACACGAUGCGUUUGAGACCGACUUCCAAGCUCACCGUAACCGCUGCAGCGACAUUGGCGAUGCCGGUAAGAACUUGAUUUCCGAAGGAAAUCAUCACGGAGAUAGCAUCAGCCAACGUUGCCAGCAAUUGCAAUCAAAACUGGCCCAUUUGGAUCAGUUGGCCGCUCGACGCAAGGCCAAGCUUGUCGACAACUCUGCUUACUUGCAAUUCAUGUGGAAGGCUGACGUUGUUGAGAGCUGGAUCGCCGACAAGGAAACCCAUGUCAAGAGCGAGGACUUCGGAAGGGAUUUGUCUUCUGUGCAGACUUUGCUCACCAAGCAGGAGACCUUCGAUGCUGGUUUGACCGCUUUCGAGCAUGAGGGAAUUCAAAACAUCACCGCCCUCAAGGAUCAACUCAUCGCCGCCAAUCACGAUCAACAGAAGACGAUCCUGGACAGACACCUCACCGUCAUCGAAAGAUGGCAAAAACUUUUGGGCGACUCCGAUGCCCGGAAGCAACGCCUCUUACUCAUGCAGGACCAGUUCCGCCAGAUCGAGGAUCUGUUCUUGACAUUCGCUAAACGCGCUUCCGCUUUCAACUCGUGGUUCGAGAACGCUGAAGAGGAUCUGACUGAUCCGGUCCGUUGCAAUUCCAUCGAGGAGAUCAAGGCUCUGAAGGAGGCGCACGCCCAGUUCCAAGCCUCCCUGUCUUCCGCCCAAGCAGACUUCGAAGCUUUGGCAGAGUUGGACAAGAAAAUCAAGAGCUUCAAUGUCGGCCCGAAUCCUUACACCUGGUUCAACAUGGAAGCUUUGGAAGAGACCUGGAGAAACCUGCAGAAGAUCAUCGAAGAGAGGGACAUCGAAUUAGGUAAGGAGGCGCAACGUCAAGAGGAGAACGAUCUGCUGAGGAAGGACUUCGCCAAACACGCCAACGCUUUCCACCAAUGGCUCACCGAAACUCGUUACCGCAUUCUUGGUUGGGAUGGUACGUCUAUGAUGGAAGGUUCUGGAUCUCUGGAGCAACAGUUGGACGCAACGAAACGCAAGGCUGCUGAAGUCAGAGCUAGACGCUCCGAUUUGAAGAAGAUCGAAGAUUUGGGCGCAAUCCUAGAAGAGCAUUUGAUUUUGGACAACAGAUACACGGAACACUCGACUGUCGGUCUCGCCCAGCAGUGGGAUCAAUUGGAUCAGCUGGGAAUGAGGAUGCAGCACAACUUGGAACAGCAGAUUCAGGCUCGCAAUCAAUCCGGAGUCUCGGAGGAUGCCCUCAAGGAAUUCUCCAUGAUGUUCAAGCAUUUCGACAAGGAAAAGUCCGGUAAAUUGAACCACGGCGAGUUCAAGAGCUGCUUGAGAGCCUUGGGUUACGAUCUGCCCAUGGUGGAGGACGGACAACCUGAUCCAGAGUUCGAUGCAAUUCUGGAUGUUGUCGACCCGAACCGCGACGGAUACGUUUCCCUGCAAGAGUACAUGGCAUUCAUGAUCAGCAAGGAGACGGAGAACGUGCAAAGCUCUGAAGAGAUUGAGAAAGCCUUCAGAGCCAUCACCGCCGGCGAUAGACCGUACGUCACCAAAGAAGAAUUAUAUGCUAAUCUUACCAAGGAAAUGGCGGAUUAUUGCGUGGAUCGUAUGAAACCUUUCGUGGAGCCCAAGACGGAAAGACCUAUUGCAGGGGCUCUCGACUACAUUGACUUCACCCGAACCCUAUUCCAAAAUUAAAAAAUCUAUAUAAUCACAGAAAUUUCUAUUUAAGCAUGCACACAGCAUUAAAUUCUCCUAUAGACGAUUCUAUAUUAUAAUUCAGACUUCAAUUCUAGGUGGCUUUAGAAUUACGGCUGACAAAGUGUAUUGAUUGAGCUAACAAAUGUAGCUGCUAAUGCAAUAUAAAAAUGAAAACAUA